AUGCUGAGUGUGAUGAGAGCUAAGAGCAGCUUUGGCAGCACUGAAGGGGCUCAAGGGGAUCCCAAGACUAUUUCCUCAGUGGCCUUUACCAAAAAAGCGGCUAAGGAGAAGUCACAGUCACACCCUGGUCUGAAGGAAACAGCACCUGUCAAAGGCAAAAGCACACCGGCCCUCACAGAGAGAUCUUCCCAGAAGAACCAGCCCUCCUCCGAGAAAAAAAAGGUUAAUAAACUCAAUGAGAAAAAUUCUGAGAAGACCAAUGCCUCUCUAGUUCAGAGAAGUUUUGCCACAUUUCAUACAGAAAGACCGCAAGAUGAAGUCGAAGAUUUUGCUCUAAGAAGUUCCAUAGAGCCAAGAGAAAAUAUAGACACAAGAGACAUUUCGAGUACACAGAGACUGAACAGACAAGAAAAUAAUAGUUCUGGAGAUGAUAAGCAAGCCACUGUGGAUCAAAAUGGAUGUCCAGUGUUCAAAGGAGAGAAAAAUGGGCUUCAUUCUAAAGAAGAUACUAGUGAAAGCGAAGUUGAGACAAAAGGAGGACCAGCAAUUGCAAAUGAAACAGUGUUGGACAAGUGUUCAAAUAAAAAGCAGUGUGUUGAUAAAACAAAUGGUGAUCAAAUCUGUGAAAGGUGUAUCAGCAAUGUGAAAGCCAUUUCUACAACCCGAAUCCUGGAAAACCCAGCGCUAGCACCCACUUUCCAGAAUGCUGAGCAAGCAGAACACACUGGCAGCAGCAAGCGGAGGGUGACGGAGGAGUGCUUCACCAAAGAGGACAGCAAAAAGAGCAGAAUAGAUGUAGAGAGUCCAGAUGAUGUCCCGGCUCCUCCCGCCCCGUUUAAUCACCGUAUCGUGACAGCCAAACAAGCAGCCAUCAACGUCUUUUAUACUGUGAGCAGAAUGGAAGUUUUAGGAGGGGGGCGCUUUGGCCAGGUUCACAGGUGUGAAGAGAAAGCAACAGGUCUGAAGCUGGCGGCCAAGAUCAUCAAAACCAGAGGCACCAAGGAUAAGGAUGAAGUGAAGAACGAGAUCAACAUCAUGAACCAGCUGGAUCACGUGAACCUCAUUCAGCUCUACGACGCCUUUGAGUCUAAGAAUGACAUUGUCCUGGUCAUGGAGUACGUGGACGGAGGGGAGCUGUUUGAUCGCAUCAUCGAUGACAACUACAAUCUGACCGAGUUUGACACCAUCCUGUUCAUCAAGCAGAUAUGUGAGGGCAUAAGACACAUGCAUCAGAUGUAUAUUCUCCAUUUGGAUCUGAAGCCUGAGAAUAUCCUGUGUGUGAAUCGGGAUGCCAAACAAAUAAAAAUUAUUGAUUUUGGAUUGGCCAGAAGAUACAAACCCAGAGAGAAGCUGAAGGUGAACUUUGGAACUCCGGAAUUUCUUGCCCCUGAAGUUGUGAACUAUGAUUUUGUUUCCUUUCCCACUGACAUGUGGAGUGUGGGCGUCAUCGCCUAUAUGCUACUGAGUGGUUUGUCUCCCUUCCUGGGUGACAAUGACGCUGAGACCCUGAACAACAUCCUGGCCUGUAGGUGGGAUUUAGAGGAUGAAGAAUUUCAGGACAUCUCGGAGGAGGCCAGGGAGUUUAUCUCCAAGCUUCUGAUUAAGGAGAAGAGUUGGAGAAUAAGUGCAAGUGAAGCUCUCAAGCACCCUUGGCUGUCAGACCACAAACUCCACUCCAGACUCACCACUCAGAUCAGCCCAAGUCCUAGCAAGUGCCUGAGACCUACUUUAAAUGCCACCUCCUCUAAGACGGCCCUUCUCAAUCCCCAAACUGGAGGUGCUUUCUCCAUCUUCGUGGACUUCUCUUGUGGCACUUAA